CCACCUCUCUCGGCUCUUCUCCUCCUCCUCGCUUCAAGCCCAUGCUUCUUCUUCUCCGCAGCGCAGCAUCAGUACUGCUGAGGACCAGCACUGAGAUUUCCACCCUCUGUCCGGUGUCCACGGUCCGAGUUGUUCGGAAGUCGCUCCAGAAGAGGUCGUUUUCGACGUCGCUCCGUUUGUGUAGGAAUAAGAACCAGAAGAAGAAGAGCCUGUGGCUGCAGUUUGCGGAAGGACAAACUAUGGACGGAAACAUUGAAGAGAUUCUCGCCCCUCUGAGGCUUGCUGUCAAAGAACAGGGGGAUCUGGUGCGACAGAUGAAACAAGACGGAGCCCCAGAUGUGGAUGUGACUAAAGCUGUGGCCGAACUGAAAGCAAGGAAGAGAGCUCUGGAGGCCAAGGAACUGUCACUACAACCCAAAGAUGACAUCGUUGACAGAACCAAGAUGGAGGAUACUCUCAAGAGGCGGUUCUUCUACGACCAGGCUUUCGCCAUCUACGGAGGUGUGAGCGGUCUCUAUGACUUCGGCCCUGUGGGCUGCGCCUUGAAGAACAACAUCCUGCAGGCCUGGAGGCAGCACUUCAUCCAGGAGGAGCAGAUCCUGGAGAUCGACUGCACCAUGCUGACCCCCGAGCCCGUCCUCAAGACCUCGGGGCAUGUGGAUAAAUUUGCUGACUACAUGGUGAAAGAUGUCAAGAACGGUGAAUGCUUCAGGGCUGACCACCUCCUUAAGGCUCAUCUCCAGAAGCUGAUGUCGGAUAAGAAGUGCACAGCAGAGAAGAAGGCUGAGAUGGAGGAGGUCAUCACUCAGAUGGACAACUACACCCAGCAGGAACUGACCGACUUCUUUGUGAAAUACAGCGUCAAGUCACCCACUACAGGAAAUGAUCUCUCACCUCCCAUGUCCUUCAACCUGAUGUUCCAGACGUCCAUUGGCCCCGGGGGCAACAUGCCAGGCUACCUGAGGCCUGAAACUGCUCAGGGAAUCUUUCUCAACUUCAAGCGUCUUCUGGAGUUCAACCAGGGUAAACUGCCCUUUGCUGCUGCUCAGAUAGGAAACUCCUUCAGGAAUGAAAUCUCUCCUCGCUCUGGACUCAUUCGUGUUCGAGAGUUCACCAUGGCUGAGAUUGAGCACUUUGUGGACCCUCAGGAAAAGGUCCACCCUAAAUUCCCCAAUGUAGCUGACCUUGCCAUCACAUUAUACUCCUCUAAGGCCCAGACUAGUGGCCAGUCUGCACAGAUCAUGCGUCUAGGAGACGCCGUGGAGCAGGGAGUGAUCAAUAACUCUGUCCUGGGAUAUUUCAUCGGGAGGAUCUACCUCUAUCUUACUAAAGUUGGAAUUGCCAAAGACAAGCUGCGUUUCCGUCAGCACAUGGACAACGAGAUGGCUCACUACGCCUGUGACUGCUGGGACGCUGAAACCAAAACCUCCUACGGCUGGAUCGAGAUAGUGGGCUGCGCCGACCGGUCUUGUUAUGAUUUGAAAUGCCACGCGCGAGCCACCAAGGUCCCUCUGGUUGCUGAGAAGCCUCUAAAAGAACCCAAAACUGUAAGCGUCGUCCAGUUUGAGCCGAACAAAGGAGCCAUCGGGAAGGCGUAUAAGAAGGAUGCUAAGAUAGCCAUGGAGUAUCUUUCCGUGUGUGACGAAUGCUUCAUCACAGAGCAGGAGAAGCUGCUUAAUGAGACCGGAGAGUUCACCAUCGAGACAGAAGGCAAGACGUUCAAACUCACAAAGGACAUGGUCAGUGUGAAGAGAUUCCAGAAGACUCUGCACGUGGAGGAGGUUGUUCCCAACGUAAUCGAGCCCUCCUUUGGCAUCGGGAGGAUCAUGUACACCAUCUUUGAGCACACAUUCCAAGUCAGAGAAGGUGACGAACAAAGAACGUUCUUCAGCUUCCCUGCUACCGUUGCUCCAUACAAAUGCUCCGUCCUGCCCCUGAGCCAGAAUCAAGAAUUCGUGCCCUUCGUGAGGGAAUUAUCUGAGGCCAUGACCAGGAACGGCGUGUCCCACAAAGUGGACGACUCUUCGGGCUCCAUCGGGAGGCGCUACGCCAGGACGGAUGAGAUCGGAGUGGCGUUCGGCAUCACCAUCGACUUCGACACAGUGAACAAGACCCCGCACACGGCCACUCUGAGGGACCGAGACUCCAUGAGGCAAAUCAGGGCCGAGGUCAGCGAGCUGCCUGAUAUCGUCCGGGACCUGUCCAACGGCACAUUGACCUGGGCGGAGGUUGAGAGCAAGUACCCCAUCUUUGAAGGACAGGAGACCAGCAAGAAGGACACGGUGGAAGAGUAGACGCUCGCUCGUCCGCUGCCCGUCACGCCAUGAGAACCCCCCACAGACUCGAUGCGUAUGCGCCGCCAGGAAGAAUGCCGCAGCUGUAUUGUGAUGAGCUAGAGCGGUGCGCCGAGCCCUCCUUGCGUUGUACACCUCUGCUAUCACUAAAAUGUCAUGUAUUUAUCAUAUCUUACCAGUCGUGGGAAAGCUUGCACAGGACUGUUGUUCCUUUGACGAGCAACAUCUCAUCCAUGUACGACCAUGUGUUUUUAAAAGGGAGAACAUGUAAUCAGGUUGUCGUUGUUGUCAGUGGAAGGAAGGCGUCCACCAUUCCAGUUUUCAGGCACAUUGGAUGGAGGCGGUUAACAGUUUCAAUAAAAACAGCCAGCACUUACUGGACACAGGCA